AUGACUCUUCUACCUGGUCGUCAGUUUCAAUGUGCCAAUGUUAGUUGCUCAUCAUUUACCACCACGACGGCCCGAAACGUUCAAAUCUGUCAAGUGACUUGUUUAUCAAACAAUCUUUGUAAAGCAGCCAGUUUUCAUCAAUCAACUUUAACUUGUCAACUGUUUAACAAUAUUUCAGACCAAAACAGCAAUAUAUUCAUUGAUGCUGACACUUAUUCGAUGAUAGUCAUCAGUGAAACAAGAUUACCAUCAGAAUCAACUACAAUAACAACAACAACCACGACAUCAUUCUCGUCAACAUUACCCUCGUUAGCAUCACCAUCGACAACAAUGACAACAACAGCCAUGACAUCAUUCUCGUCAACAUCACCCUCGUUAACAUCAUCAUCGCCAAUAGCGACAACAACAAUAACGACGACAUUAUUCUCAUCAACAUCAUCAUCACCAUCAACACUGACAACAACAACAAUAACCACGACAUCAUUCUCGUCAACAUUACCUUCGUUAACAUCACCAUCGUCAACAGCGACAACAACAACAAUAACGACAUCACCCUCGUCAAUGUCACCAUCGACAACAAUGACAACAACAGCCACGAUAUCAUUCUCGUCAACAUCACCCUCGUUAACAUCAUCAUCAUCGACAACGACAUUACCCGCGUCAAUGUCAUCAUCCACAACAUUGAUAACAACAACAACAACCACGACAUCCUCCUCGGUAACAUCAUCAUCGACAACAGCGAUAACAACAGCCGCUACCAGUGGAAUGUUUCUUAAUCAAGCUACUUAUGAAGUUGGUACAGAACCAUAUGCAGUAGCAGUAGCCGACGUAAACGGUGAUAAUAAACUUGAUAUUAUCACCGUAGAUUAUUUUGGAGACAGUGCCAAUGUACUUAUAAACUUAGGCAAUGGUACUUUUGCUCCUCAAGUUAAUUAUACAGUUGGUACGGAUCCACAAUCAGUAGCAGUAGUCGAUGUGAACAGUGAUAACAAACCUGAUAUUAUCACCGCAAAUUAUUUUGGAGGCAGUGUCAGUGUACUUAUUAACAGAGGCAAUGGUACUUUCGCUCCUCGUGUUAAUUAUGCAGUUGGUAUAGAUACAUAUGCAGUAGCAGUAGCCGAUGUGAACGGUGAUAAUAAACCUGAUAUUAUUACUGCAAAUUGUUUUGGAGGCACUGUCAGUGUACUCAUUUCUAGCUGA